AAACUUUGCGCUCAUCGGAAUCGAGUAAAAAAUCGUUUCCAAUGCAAAAUUUAACGCUCUUUCCAUUGAUGCCAGCCAUUUUUUCAUAGGUCAAGCCGAUCUCGAGAUAUAAGCAAAAAUAACUUUCGCACGCUGUUUUCGCAUAGAACCCCUCGUUCUAGGAAGCUGCAAAUUUCAGAAUCGGCUUUUCCGACCCCGAUUUACCAAAUAUCCAAAAUGCAGCCAUUUCUACCGCAGGGCGAUUUCACAGCUAAUUUUACUGGACUAUAAGUGCGUGCGAAAUCAGUGGAUGAAUGUGCACAUAUUGUUCGCGUUUGUGUGUGUUUCGUCGCUCGGAAUUGUGUCUGCUUCGUCGCUCGGCUUUAUUGAACCAAUCAGAACACAAUGAGCGACUUGAUGAGUGAGUAUUCAACAGAAUCGACAGAAGACGAGACAGAAGAGGUUAAGUCGGACGAACUAUCUCCAAACAACGAAGGUGACUUCGAAGACGAUGUGCAUAUCCCGAAUACGGCAGCAGAAAAGAAGUCUCCUGAGACAACAACAUCAAAUCCUCCUGUAAACGAGAGGUCGACUUCAAAACCGUUCGAGUAGAUGCACAUACAUCGGGCACGGCAACACUCGCGGAGACAGUGGCGGCCCGAAAAAAGUCUCUUAAGACAGCAACAUCGAGUGCUCCUGUAUAGAAUAAGUCGGCAUCAGCUUCUAAAAUCGUUCGAUCGGGUGUGCGUACACCGGGUACGGCGGCGCUCGCGGAGGCAGUGGCGGCCCGAAAAAACUCUCCCGACACAGCAACAUCGAGUGCUCCUGUAAAAAAGAAGUCGGCAUCAGCUUCUAAAAUCGUUCAAUCGGGUGCGCGUACACCGUGUACGGCGGCGCUCGCGGAGACAGUGACGACACGCAGUAAUUCGCCCGAGACGUCAUCGAAUCUUUCUGUAAACAAGAAGCAUCAAUGUAAACAUCAGCAUCUAACACCGUUCAAGCGGGGACACAUACAUCGGGUACGGAGGCACUCGCGGAGGCAGCGGAAGCACAAAGUAAUUCGCCCGAGACGUUGACAUCAAAUCUUCCUAUAAACGAAAAGAUGUCGACAUCAGCAUCCAUCACCGUUCAAGCGGGUGCACAUACACCGGGUACGGCGGAACGGAAUAACUCCUCUCAGCCCUCAACGUCGAAUUCUUCUGCCAACGAAAAUGGAUUACACGAUUAUCUACGGAAUACUGGUGAAGGGAAAAUUAUAUUACAUUCUUACAAAACGAAUGGGAAUUUAUUACUUAAAAAUAUUAGAGCAAAAUUGACUCGCUUAGUCAUCAAAAGAGAAAGAGAUAGGUUAUUAAAAAAUGUGAAACCUGAAGAUGCGUUAGAUUCUUUUCGUAUAAGUUCGCAACAUUUUGAGAAACUUGCUCAGGAUAUAGCUGCAAUAUUUGAGGGCGAGCAACCAAAUACCUAUUAUAUUCCAUCCACUACAAAUAAUAAAAUACGGAUACCGGCUUCUGGAAAAUUGUGGGACCACUUCAAUUAUCAUAAAAAUGUUUUAAGAGCGAAUGGUCAUUUACGGAAAUCAACCACUGAAAACACAGUAGCUGUAAACAUAUCACAAUCAGAAGAUGGUAUGCUCAAAUGGUUGGAGACAGAUGUAGAACCUAAUGAGAUACUUGAGCAAUAUUGGAUUUCUACUCACAAAGCACGUAGAUCAGAACUGAUGGUCAAACAACUGUCAGUUGCUGAUUACAUAGCCAAAUAUUUAUGUUUACAACUUCAAAGUGGAAUUUCUAUGAUCUUGAAAGAUUUUAACUUACUAUAUCCAAAGGAGGCACAGCUACUCUACGAUAAAUGGAGUACUACUUAAUUAUAGAUUAAUGUUGACAGAAACUUAUCCAGAUUUUAUUAUAUUCGUAAGAUUACGAAUCGCAAAUAGAUGAUGUCCAGGGGGUCGCCGAUGUCGGGAUUCAGGGCUCGCAUAUAUAAAAAUGCAUUUUUCGUCGAUAUCUCGUAAAGGGAAGCUUUUCGUGAAAAACGGACGAAAUUUUCGCCCCAUGUAUGGGGCUCGAACAUUGAAUUUCCAUUCGAGUAGUAAAUUAAAUUUUUUUUUAAUUUUGAGGUUAGGAAUCCGUUGUUUGUUUUCGAAACGAUGCGUCCUUCCUACAACUCCAUAAAGCUAGAGAAUGACGUCUACAACUGAGCCUUUUCCAAAAAUUUACGGAGCGCACUUCCUAGAGUCCGUCAUCGCCGACCCCAAACACCUAGACACGAAAAAUUAUGUAGCGUACUAGAUAGCUGCAUACUUGAGGCAUUUAUUUAUUCGUGAAGCAAUCGUUCGAAAAUAUAACCUCUAAUUAAAGAGCUCUCGAUGCUUAUAGGGUAGGUGGAUUUGAGGUUUUGUUUUUAGAUGAAAAAUUAUCACCUCCGCUUGCUUUCCUUCUAUGUGCUGCGCACAAAAAUUAAAGCUCGAGAUAUACUAUGCUAUUAUUUAUGGAUUGCCGUUAUUUAUUAUUACUUUUAGUUUGUACAUGUUGAAGUACUUAAUAUAUCAGAUAUGAAGUUUUGAACGUAAUAGUUCAGUUUAGGUAAACGGAUAGCACACACGACUACCACGCUGAUGACCCAGGAUCGAUUCUCGCCCCCGACAAAAUUUAAUUUAAUUUCUUUGUUUCUAAAUAAUAUAAUUUUCAUACUAAAUUAGUAAAAAUUUAUAAUAAUAAGUCUAAAAUAAAUAAACAAAGAAAGAAAUUAAUUUUUUUAUUCCUCAGUGUACAUUUCUAAUCGAUUUAAAAUCCGACUUUUUCACUGAUUUAAGCAGUGACCAUUUCACUAAUUCAUUCAGUGAAUAGUCACUAUUUGGCAGUUGCAUACUUUUCACUGUAUAAAUUAGCACAUAUGCACUAUCAAUCAGUGAAAUUUCACUAUUUUACACGGAGAGAGUGCAAAAUAAAUGAGCUUCUAAAAUUUCCUCAAAAUCUGUCCAUGUACUAGGCAUUUUACCUUAUAACUUUUCUAUAACUUUUGAGUAAUGCACACCUACGCUCCGCCGGUAACAUAUAUGUCAUAUCUCUCCAAAACUAACAUUUGGACCAUCGGACUUUUCUGUAAGCAGCGGUUAUGCGUGCAGGGCCAGUGAACGGAAAAUUCUCGAACACUUUCUGUAACUUUUAAAAGUCAGGAAAAGAGUGAACACGCCAGUGUAUCUAAAAAUUAAUUUUUUUUUGGCCUGUGAGAUAAAAAAUUACACGUUAAAAGGGUGAUUUUGACGCCAGGUCGCUUGCUGUACGUAAGUUUUAAGGUUAGAUAUUGAUAAUUGAAUUUUUCAAAACCCUUGGGGCUAGUUUGUACAUCAAGUACGGGGUAAUAUUGUACAUAAGAUAAACAUAGAAAGAUAUGGACUCGAAAUCCAUUUUUCAUAAACAUGCCUUUAGUACUUUAAUCAUAGCUUAAAAUGGUUCGCAGAUACUAAAAAAAGGUCAGUAUAAAUGCGGUAUGCUCAAAAAAGCUGUCAAAUGCCGCAUAUAUAAGCUGUGGUAAGGGAUGACUGACCUAUAGUAGCGACAUGGGUCGCCAAUAUGAUAUAAAAGCUUCAUAUCUGUCACAGCACUUACAAAAAUAAAAAAAAUAAAGUUUGAAACAUUAUGUAUACAA